AUGUCCGCAAAGUCAACACAAGGGCCUGGCGGCAAGAAGCCUGCUUCCGCAGCUACCAACUUGAUCGCCGGUGGUGGUGCUGGAAUGAUGGAAGCGCUCGUGUGCCAUCCAUUAGAUACCAUCAAAGUCCGCAUGCAACUUUCCAGGCGUGCGCGUAUGCCCGGCGCGCCAAAGCGUGGGUUUCUGAAGACAGGUUCCGAGAUCGUAAAACGUGAGACGGCACUGGGUCUGUACAAGGGUCUCGGUGCUGUUCUUACGGGCAUUGUCCCAAAGAUGGCCAUUCGCUUUACCUCUUACGAAUGGUACAAGCAAAUGCUCGCAGAUAAGAAUGGCCUGGUCACUUCAACAUCAACAUUCAUGGCUGGUCUUGCUGCCGGUAUCACUGAGGCCGUCCUCGUCGUCACUCCCAUGGAAGUCGUCAAGAUCCGUCUGCAAGCGCAGCACCACUCCAUGGCCGACCCGCUCGAUGUACCCAAGUACCGAAACGCUGCGCACGCGCUAUACACAGUGCUGAAGGAGGAGGGUGCUGGCGCGUUAUGGCGUGGUGUGUCGCUCACAGCGUUGCGUCAGGGUACCAACCAGGCUGCCAACUUCACAGCCUACUCGGAAUUGAGGUCGCAGCUGCAGAAAUACCAGAACACAAACGACUUGCCCGGCUGGCAAACGUCCUUCAUUGGCCUCAUCUCUGGUGCCAUGGGACCUUUCUCGAACGCACCUAUCGACACCAUCAAGACAAGGCUGCAAAAGACACCUGCGGAGCCAGGGCAGAGCGCUAUGAACAGAAUUACUACCAUUGCUGGCGAUAUGUGGAAACAGGAAGGCGUAAAGAGUUUCUACAAGGGUAUCACACCCCGUGUGAUGCGUGUUGCUCCAGGACAGGCCGUUACUUUUACCGUGUACGAGUACCUCAAGGGCAUACUCGAGAAGGGGAGGGAGACAAUUCCCGGUGGUCAAUACGAGGAGUAA